AUGGCCGGCCGUUUUCGCGUCAGCACCGUGAACGCGGCCAACGACACCACCGUCGCGCCAGUGGUGGCGCCAACUAGCGUCACACUCACGAUCCCGGUUAAUGGUCAAACUCCAGACGAUGGUGCCGAACGAAUACCGCUAUGUGAACAGCAUUCACCGUUGGCGCUCUACGAGGCCGAUUAUGACACCCAGGGCCAGAAAAUUGGACAAAUGUUACGGAAGCUAUCCGUCUAUACUGCAACCGAACCCACAUCAGAGGAAGCGGACGAAAAACCGAAACAAGCGACAAAAAUGGGCACAAUUAUGGGUGUAUUCUUCCCAUGCAUCCAGAACAUCUUCGGCGUAUUAUUCUUCAUUCGUAUGACGUGGAUUGUUGGCACAGCGGGCAUUGUUCAAUCGUUUUUCGUUGUUCUUACUUGUGUUUCUGUGACGUUCCUCACCGCCAUCUCACUCUCAGCGAUCGCCACAAACGGGGUGGUAUCUGGCGGGGGGCCAUACUACAUGAUCUCCCGCAAUCUCGGACCAGAGUUAGGCGGUGCUGUUGGAAUCCUUUUCUAUCUAGGAACCACCAUAGCUGCAUCGAUGUAUCUCACUGGUGCUGUUGAAAUAUUCUUACUCUAUAUUAUGCCAGAAGGAAAGGUGUUCGAAAGCAUCUACAACAACUUCCGCCUUUUCGGUUCCGGAUUGCUGCUCCUAGUCGGUCUGAUUGUCCUAGCCGGCGUCAAGGUGGUCAACAAGUUCGCCUUGCCGCUCGUUUUUGUUGUGUUAUUCUGUAUAUUUUCUGCGUUUCUUGGUGCCUUGGUGAGAUUCAACGGUUCAGAUUCACUCAAAUUCUGCAUGAUGGGCGAUCGACCAGUGGAUGUGACAUCGUACAACGAAUUGAAGCAUAUAAGACCAAAUUGUACUGCGGAAGGACUGCAGCCGUUGUUCUGUUCAGAUAAUGGCACAUGUGACGCGUACUAUGAACGGGUAAAGAAUGUGAAAGUAUGGCGAGGCAGCAAUCUACCAGCUAUUAGACUUGAGCGUGCUAUCAAGGGAAUCGGAAGCGGCGUGUUUUUCGAGAAUCUCUGGCCGAAGCAUAUACGAUUCGGUGAUGUGCUGUCUAAGGAUCGCAGAGAUAGAAGCGAUCGUCAACGAUCCACUGGGUACUACAUCUUCGCCGAUUCCACCACAUCAUUCAUGAUCCUCAUUGGUGUGUUCUUCCCUUCGGCCACUGGAAUAAUGGCCGGCUCGAAUCGGUCAGGAAACCUUCGCGACGCGUCGAAAUCGAUCCCACUUGGAACGCUGGCGGCACAGAUCAGUACAAGUAUAGUGUAUCUGUCUGGUGUGCUCAUCUUUGGCUCGUCCGUCUCUGAAAUGUUCAUUCGUGACAAAUACGGACAAUCAGCUAUGGGUAAACUGACGAUAUCUGAAAUAGCGUGGCCAUUUCCCAUAGUAAUCCUGUUUGGUUGUCUUGGAGCAACAAUCGGGGCCGGAAUGCAGUCAUUGACCGGAGCACCCCGACUAUUACAAGCUAUUGCUUCUGAUGACGUCAUUCCAUUCUUAAAAGUGUUUCGUAAAAUGGACAGUCGUGGUGAACCAAUCCGUGCUAUUUUCGUCACUUUACUCAUCUGUUGGAUGGGUAUUCUCAUCGCUGUGAUUGAGAAUAUCACGGCGCUUAUCACACAAUUCUUCCUAAUGUGUUAUUUGGGUGUGAAUGCCGCAUGUGCCCUACAAUCGUUGCUCAAGUCACCUGGAUGGCGACCAUCAUUCCGAUAUUUCCACUGGUCGCUGUCGAUGCUCGGCGCAUUUCUUUGCGUUGCGGUGAUGUUUAUCUCCGCUUGGCAUUUCGCUCUUAUUGCUAUUUUUAUUGGUGCUGCUGUCUACAAAUAUAUUGAAUACGCUGGUGCUGAAAAAGAAUGGGGUGACGGUCUCCGUGGCUUGGGAUUGAGUGCUGCAAGGUUUGCUUUGCUUAAUUUGGACAACAAGCCACAACAUAGUAGAAAUUGGCGACCACAAUUACUGGUGUUGCUUGAUAAUACUGAUUCUCAAAAUACGCACGGGAUUCUGUCGUUCGUCAGCCAGCUGAAGGCGGGAAAGGGUUUGACCUUAGUGGCCAUGUGCACUGAGGGUGAUUUUUCCCGAGAUGCCGACGAUGCAGCUGCUCAGGAAAAGAAUAUCGACUUGCUUAUGAGAAAGAACAAAAUCAAGGGAUUUGGCGAUGUGUUGGUCACGGAAAAUGUCAUCGAAGGUGUCAGCUGUCUAGUACAGACAUCCGGACUUGGUGCCCUCCGUCACAAUACCGUAAUGAUUUCAUGGCCAGAAUCAUGGAACACCGAGCACUCAUGGCAUAUUGGACAUCGCUUCGUAUCUGCUUUGCGAGCGAUCUCCGCUGCAAAAUGCGCUAUCCUUGUUCCAAAGAACGUGGAUCAGUUCCCAGCUUCUAACACAAAAGUGUCAGGAUAUUUGGAUGUCUGGUGGGUGGUACACGAUGGUGGUCUACUGAUGUUACUGCCGUUCCUCCUAAAGCAACAUAAGACAUGGAAAAAUACCGUGAUCCGACUGUUCGCCAUUGCUCAACUAGAGGAUAAUAACGUGCAGAUGAAAUCUGAUCUCGAGAAAUUCCUCUAUCAUUUGAGAAUCGAAGCCGAAGUCUAUGUCAUUGAAAUGCCCGACUCCGAUAUUUCUGAUUACACCUAUGAAAGAACACUGAAAAUGGAAGAGAGAACAAAACUUCUUAAAAGUCUUAACAAAGCCGACCGCGAGAAGGACCUUCAAUCGCAUAUUGAAGACGUCGUUCGAGAAAGGAAGUUGAGCAGAAUCAAUGAGGAGGAUAUGAUUGUUCCACUAGAAAAAACAUUGGAUGUCUUGUCUGAAGAGCACGCGGACUCCGAGAAGAAACCUUCGAAAGUCGAGGGUAAAGGAGUGCGAUUCAGCGAUGAUGAAUCGUUGAAGGAUCACAACAAACCAGGAAAUGGAACGUUAGAACGUGAAAGCGAAGAACGCCGAAGGAAACGUCGUUAUAACGUCCACAAAAUGCAUACGGCAGUAAAACUGAACGAACUGAUGAAAGACAAAUCGGCAGACUGCCAAUUGUUGAUCGUUAAUCUACCAGGACCGCCGGAUCAAGACUCUGACACAUACUACAUGGAAUUCAUCGAAGCGCUGACUGAGGGUUUGAACCGCGUGCUUUUGGUACGUGGUACUGGAGCCGAAGUGGUCACCAUCUACUCUUAG